GUUUUCACAGUUUACCCGGUCUCGCUGCACAGUUUUUUUUUCUUCUUCGUUGUACGCUUUGGAUUAGUGCCACGUCGCUGUAUAAAAUGUGUUAAUAUAAUAAUAAUAUAAAAAACUACACGAAUAUGUGGAUGUAUUGUCUAUGUGUUGUUGUCGCCGGUUGUUUAGUGGUAGAUGUCGUUGUUUGCGAAGAACCCAAGAUCUCCGACGUCGCACGCGCUAAAGAAUGGUUAACGGAAUAUGACAGGAAACUUGGGCAAAUAAAAAAUGAAGAGACAUUGGCGGAAUGGAGUUACAACACAGACAUACGAAACGAAACGCAGAACAUCAUGGUCUCAAAACAAGUAGAAUCUUCCGCGUUUUCCAAGGAAGCCUUCAAAAACGCGUCCAGGUUCGACUGGCAGAGGUUUGGUGACGAGGAUGUGAAGCGACAGUUCAAACUGAUUUCUAACAUCGGACCGUCAGCGCUUCAGAACCACACAAAAGUCUUAAGAAUGAAUCAAGCGAUAUCGGAAAUGGAAGCUAUAUAUUCCACUGCCAGUGUGUGUUUGAACCAGUCAUACUGUUUGGAGUUGGAUCCAGGACUCACUGACAUCAUGACCCACAGCCGAAACGAAGCAGAUUUAAAAGCGGCGUGGCUUGGCUGGCGGGACGCAACGGGUCCAAAAAUGAGGUCAUUGUAUGAGGAGUUUGUUGGCCUAAGUAACGAGGGGUCAAGACAGGCAGGUAACUCAGACACUGGUGAUUACUGGCGUUCUUGGUACGAGACGCCGACAUUCCAACAGGACCUGGAACGUCUCCUGGAACAGCUGAAACCCCUCUACACAGAACUCCACACGUACGUGAGGCGCAAACUCACGGAUCUGUACGGAGAGGACAAAUUUCCUUCUACAGGACACAUCCCAGCGCAUCUUCUAGGUAACAUGUGGGCUCAGGAAUGGGGAAACAUAUACGACAUAGUGGAACCGUAUAGGAAUAAGUCAGCCACUGAUGUGACGUCAUCACUUAAACAGGCGAGUUAUAACGCAACACGGAUGUUUAUGGCAGCUGAUGAGUUUUUCCAAUCCCUUGGUCUGGAGAAGAUGCCGGGAACUUUCUGGACAAACUCUAUGUUUGUGAAACCAGUUGAUGGCAGGAAGGUCGUGUGCCACGCCUCCGCCUGGGACUUUUACGAUGGAACAGAUUUCAGAAUUAAGAUGUGUACUGACAUAAAUAUGAAUGAACUAAUCACCAUUCACCACGAGAUGGGACACAUUGAAUAUUUUCUCUUGUACAAGAACCAGUCACAAGUCUACAGAGAUGGUGCAAAUCCAGGAUUCCACGAAGCAAUUGGUGACACGAUAGCCCUCUCUGUCGCUACCCCGACCCAUCUCAACCGGAUUGGAUUGUUAAGUCAAAGCAACUUUGAUUAUGAAACCGAAAUAAAUUACUUGAUGAAAAUGGCGCUCAACAAAAUAGCUUUCCUUCCGUUUGGAUAUCUCAUUGACCAAUGGCGAUGGAGCGUGUUUAGCGGCGACACGCCUUCUAGCGAGUACAACAAACACUGGUGGGAUAUGCGAUGCAAGUACCAGGGAAUAGCACCGCCCAGCGAGAGAACCGAGAAUGACUUUGACCCUGGAGCAAAGUUCCACAUCCCUGCUAACGUUCCGUACAUCAGAUAUUUUGUGAGUUUUGUGAUCCAGUUUCAGUUUCACAAGGCGUUAUGUAAACUAGCAGGUCAGAACGAUUCACUUCACAGGUGCGACAUUUAUCAGUCGACAGCAGCGGGCGACAAACUCAGACACGCAUUAAGUCUCGGCUCGUCCAAACCCUGGCCGGAAGUGAUGGAGAUUAUGACAGGACAGCGGCAAAUGGACGCAGGCGCACUUUUGGAGUACUUCAAACCGCUCACCGAUUGGCUGAAGGACAGGAAUGCCCUGGAGAAGCACGGCUGGAGCGACAGCUGCCCGAUAACGGACGAGCAACUCGCGGUGUCGUGGCUGGAGAGUUACAACACGCGCGUGCAACACGUCAUGUACGGAGCAUACGAGGCCUCGUGGACGUAUUCAACCAAUAUUACACACGAAACGGAGAAGGCCAAGGUUGAAGCUGAAGUACAGAGUUCAAAGUUCACCAAGGAGGCUGCUCGAAACGCCAGUAACUUCGAUUAUAAGCAUUUCAAAGAUGAAGGCAUCAAACGACAGCUCAAGUCCAUAACAGACAUCGGAACGGACGCACUAAAAGAGGAAGCCAAAAUUAAGAGGCUGAGUGAAGUUGUUGCCGGGAUGGAAGGGAUCUUCAGUACUGGGAAGGUCUGUCUAGACCCCAGCGAUGCCACCAACUGUCUCGGACUACAACCAGGCGUGGCGCGGACGUUCGCCGGUUCUCGUGACUAUGACGAGUUGAAGGCGGUGUGGAAGGGCUGGAGAGACGCCACAGGAAAGAAGAUGAGGAGUCUCUUCCAUGAGCUGGUCAACCUCAGUAACGAGGGGGUCAGAGAACUCGGCUACAGAGACAACGGCGAGUACUGGCGCUCGUGGUACGAGACGGAAUCCUUCCAGCAGGACCUGGUGUCGCUCAUGGAUCAGCUGAAGCCUCUGUACCAGCAGCUGCACACGUACGUGAGGAAGGAGCUGAAGAAAACAUAUGGACCAGACAAGUUCCCCGUCACUGGACAUAUCCCAGCCCACAUCCUAGGAAAUCUGUGGGCUCAGGAAUGGGGAAAUGUAUAUAACCUGAUGGUUCCAUUCAGAAACAAGGCGAGAGUGGAUAUAACGCCAACCAUGAAAGCAAAGAAUUUCACAGCAAGAAAAAUGUUCGAGAUAGCCGAAGAGUUCUACACGUCGAUCGGCCUUUCGGCGAUGCCCGAGGAGUUCUGGAACAAGAGUAUGAUCGUGAAGCCCUCAGAUGGGCGAGAUGUCGUCUGCUACGCCUCCGCCUGGGAUUUCAGCAAUCAGAAGGACUUCAGAAUAAAAAUGUGUACAGACAUCACAAUGGAAGACCUGAGCACCAUCCACCACGAAAUGGGCCACAUCGAGUACUAUCUACAGUACAAACACCAGCCAGUCAUAUUCAGAGCAGGCGCCAAUCCAGGUUUCCAUGAAGCAAUUGGCGAUACCAUGGCACUGUCUGUUUCCACACCAAAACACUUGAGAAAAAUAGACCUUCUCAAGCCAGGACCCGAGGAUGAUGAAAGUGAUAUAAACUUCCUGAUGAAGACAGCCUUAGACAAGAUCGCCUUCCUGCCAUUUGGGUAUCUGAUUGACCAGUGGCGGUGGAGCGUGUUCAGUGGGGAUACACCACCCUCGGAAUGGAACUCCAAGUGGUGGGAUUUAAGAUGUAAAUACCAAGGUAUUGCCCCACCUGUAGUGAGGUCAGAAGAUGACUUUGAUCCAGGUGCGAAAUACCACGUGGCCGCCAACGUUCCCUACAUCAGGUAUUUCGUGAGUUUCGUGAUUCAGUUCCAGUUCCACAAAGCGCUAUGCGACAAGGCAGGCCAGACAGGACCUCUGCAUAGAUGCGAUAUUUACAGAUCCACAGCGGCAGGGAACAAACUGAGGACACUGCUAGCCAUGGGGUCGUCUAAACCCUGGCAGGACGCUAUGGAGGUACUGACGGGUCAGCGUCAGAUGAACGCCAGUGCCUUGAUGGAGUACUUUGAUCCCCUUAUUAAAUGGCUGAAGGUUCAAAACGAAGGCGAAUUGCAAGGCUGGACGGACCUUUGUCCCGAUCCUGAAUCGGGGAAGAUCAGCGACUUGGGACAGGCUGAAGAGUUCCUGGCAGACUACGAGAGACAGGCGAUGGCAGUAUAUUACCGCAGCUCCGAGGCGUCCUGGGCGUACGAAACCAACAUGACCGACCACAAUAGUGAUGCUAUGAUUGAAGAAAAUUUGAAAGAAUCGAAGUUUUCCAAAGUGGUUGCCCGCAACGCCUCCAUGUUUAACUGGAAGAAGUUUGAAGAUAAACUUUUGAUAAGGAAAUUUGAAACUCUUUCAUCGCUUGGAACAUCAGCUCAAAAGGACUUGGCUAAAAUUAAACGUCUCAAUAAAGUUCAGUCGGAGAUGACAAAUAUAUACAGCACUGGGAAAGUUUGUCUGAAUUCUUCACAAUGUUUGGAACUGGAGCCAGGUAUAACCCGUCUGAUGGCCGAGUCGCGGGACUACGACACACUAACGACGGUGUGGAAGAAGUGGCGUGACGUCACCGGCAAGAAGAUGAAAUCUCUAUACCAGGAGUUCGUACAGCUCAGUAACGAGGGGGCCAGAGCAGAUGACUACGCUGACACUGGCGACCUGUGGAGGUCGUACUACGAGACGGACUCGUUUGAGAAGGACCUGCAGGAUCUACUGCACCAGCUGAAGCCGCUCUACCAGCAGCUGCACGUGUACGUGAAGAGGAAACUCGUCCAGGUUUACGGCGAGGACAAGUUCCCCGAGGGGGGACACAUUCCCGCCCACCUACUGGGUAACAUGUGGGCCCAGGAGUGGGGCAACAUCUUCAACAUUUUGCAGCCGUUCAAAGGCAAGUCCGCCAUUGACGUCACGGACGAGAUGAGAGCGCAGAACUACACAGUCUUAAAGAUGUUUAAAACGGCUGAAGAUUUCUAUCUGUCUCUGGGUCUUCGUAAGAUGCCAGACUCGUUUUGGAAGAAGUCAAUGAUCAGCAAGCCAGCGGAUGGAAGACCCGUGGUGUGCCACGCCUCCGCCUGGGAUUUCUUUAACAAUAAAGACUUCAGGAUUAAAAUGUGUACUGAUAUUACCAUGGAAGAUCUGAUGACGAUUCACCACGAGAUGGGACACAUUCAGUACUACCUUCAGUACAUCGACCAGCCCAUUGUGUUCAAGGGGGGAGCCAAUCCAGGAUUCCAUGAGGCAGUUGGUGACGUCAUGGCGUUAUCGGUGUCAACCCCGAAACACCUUCAGAAAAUAGGUCUGAUUAAAAACCUGGUUGAAGACAAAGAAAGUGAGAUAAAUUACUUGAUGAAGAUGGCUCUGGACAAGAUCGCCUUUCUCCCGUUUGGUUACCUCAUGGACCAGUGGCGGUGGAGCGUGUUCAGGGGAGACACCCCUCCUAAAGAAUACACCCAGAAAUGGUGGGAUCUCAGAUGCAAACAUCAAGGAAUUAGCCCACCUGUACACAGGACAGCUGACGACUUUGAUCCAGGUGCAAAAUUCCACAUAGCCGACAACACCCCGUACAUAAGAUACUUUAUAAGCAACGUCAUCCAGUUUCAGUUCCAGAAAGCUCUCUGCACUGCUGCCAAUCAAACUGGUCCGCUCAACAGAUGUGACAUAUACCAGUCUAAGGCAGCUGGACAGAAACUGAGUGCUAUGCUAAGACUAGGCGAGUCCAAACCCUGGCCAGACGCGCUCUUUGCUCUCACUGGCCAACGCAAGAUGGACGUCGGUCCCUUGGUGGACUAUUUCAAACCUCUUCUUGAUUGGCUGGAGAAGGAAAAUAGAGGCCAUAUCAUUGGCUGGGACGAGAGGUGUCCUCCUGGAAAGGUGGGGUUAAUCGCGGACGUGAAUGAGGCGAAGAAAUGGCUGCUGAAGUUUGAAGAAAAGGUCGAAAACGUCACUGUCACAGCUGUCAAUGCUUCUUUCAUAUACAAAACAAACAUUACCGACCACAACAAACAAAAGCGGGUUGAAACAAACCUAGCCGCCGCAGCGUUUGACAAGAAAUCGGCUGCUGAAGCAGAACGGUUCGACUGGGAGAAUUUCGCGGAUAUGACUCUCAAACGACAGUUCCAGAAGAUCACCGACAUCGGAACCAGCGCUCUGAAAAACCUCACCAAGUUGGAGACGAGAGCCAAUCUUCAGUCUGAAAUGGAUGAAAUAUAUAGCAAAGGCAAAGUGUGUUUGACAAACGGAACAUGCUAUGACUUCGCACCAGGUUUGAACCGACUAAUGGCCAAGUCCACGGACUAUGAUGUCUUGCUGCACAUCUGGAAGGGAUGGCGUGAUGCAACAGGGAAGAAGAUCAAAGAGAAAUACCGCCAAUUCGUCGCCAUCAGCAACGAGGCAGUCACAGAAAUUGGUUACCAUGAUGUGGGAGAGUACUGGAGGUCACAGUUUGAAACAUCAACAUUCCAAAAAGACAUUGCCAAAUUAAUUGAACAACUUCAGCCAUUCUACAAACAGCUCCACGCCUACGUCAGACGUAAACUCAUAAAGAAAUAUGGACGACAAAGAUUCCCCUACAGUGGUCAUAUUCCUGCUCAUCUGCUUGGUAAUAUGUGGGGACAGCAGUGGACCAAUAUCUAUGACAUAACAGCGCCAUUUCCAAACAGAACAGGUGUAGAUGUCACUCCUCAAAUAAUAGAACAGGGAUACACUGUAGAGAAGAUGUUCUGGACAGCUGAGGACUUCUUCAAGUCUCUGGGUCUGGACGCGAUGCCGAUGAGUUUCUGGAAGGACUCCAUGUUGAAGAAACCAAACGACAGGGACGUCGUGUGUCACGCCUCAGCCUGGGACUUCUACAAUGGCAAAGACUUCAGAAUAAAGAUGUGUACAGAACUAACCAUGGAUGACCUGAUCACAAUCCACCAUGAGAUGGGUCAUGUGCAGUAUUACCUACAGUACAAACAUCUACCGCACGUCUUUCGAAGGGGAGGCAAUCCAGGAUUUCACGAGGCAAUUGGUGACGUGAUGGCUUUAUCAGUAGCAACUCCAGGCCAUCUUCAUAAAAUCGGACUUUUGGAAAAACUGGAGGAUGAUUCUGAAACUGACCUCAAUUACUUGAUGUUGAUGGCGCUGGACAAAAUUGCAUUUCUUCCCUUUGGUUAUCUAGUUGACCAGUGGAGGUGGAGUGUAUUUAGUGGAGACACGCCAGUCAGUCGCUACAACACAGAUUGGUGGAAGUUAAGGUGCAAGUAUCAAGGAAUAUCUCCACCCAUUAAACGUACAGAAGACGAUUUCGACCCCGGUGCUAAGAGUCACAUACCAUCGAAUACCCCGUAUAUCAGAUACUUCGUGAGUUUCGUCAUACAGUUUCAAUUCCACAAAGCUCUCUGCCAGGCUGCCGGGCAUAGUGGGCCACUUCACAAAUGCGACAUCUACAACUCCACGCGAGCUGGCAAGUUACUAGGAGACAUGUUGAAGCUGGGAUCGUCCAGCCCGUGGCCUGACGCUAUGGAGGUGAUCACAGGACAGAGGAAAAUGGACGCCGGAGCGCUCAUCGAAUACUUCCAGCCCCUCUCGGACUGGCUGAAGGAGCAGAACCAGGGGCGGGACGUAGGGUGGGAAGAGGCGUGCCCAGAGGAGGGGCUGGACCCGCUAGUUGUCUUUCUGGAUGAGUAUGACCAUGAUGCCGAGAAGCACCGAGAGCAGAUGUACUUUGCAGACUGGGCCUACGAGACGAACAUCACGGAUGAAACGGCCGCGGCUUCAGUGAAAGGCAGAAAUUACCUGGCAGCAUUUGAGAAAGAGGCAGCUGCCAUAGCCAAUUCCUACGACUGGAAGAACCUCACCGAUGGGACGAUGAAAAGAAGAUUCAAGAUGAUCACCAACAUAGGAACGAGCGCCAUGAGGGACAAAUCAAAACUGAAAAGGAUGAAUGAAUUGCAGUCAAAGAUGGAAGGAAUGUAUGGGACUGGAACCGUUUGUCUUGAGAACAAUAAAUGUCUGACUCUUGAACCAGACCUGGAAAAGAUAAUGUCGACGUCACACGACUAUGACAAACUGCUGACCGUGUGGAGAGGGUGGCGAGACAGCACGGGGAAGAAGAUGAAGUCUCUGUACGAGGAGUUUGUGUCGCUCAGUAAUGACGGAGUGAAGGAAUUGGGUUACCCUGACACUGGUGAGUACUGGAGGUCAUCCUAUGAGAGCGACACGUUCCAGGUGGAUCUCGAGAAUAUGCUGACUCAGCUUCGUCCUCUGUACGAACAGCUACACACGUACGUCAGGAAAGAGCUCCGGAAGGUCUACACGGGUCACAAGUUCCCUGAGUCGGGACACAUACCUGCGCACCUGCUAGGCAAUAUGUGGGCCCAGGAAUGGAAUAAUUUAUAUGACAUUCUUCAACCCUACAAGAACAGGUCGAGUGUUGAUAUCACACCAGCCAUGGUUCGUCAGGGCUACACCGUGAACCAGAUGUUCAGGACUGCUGAACACUUCUUCCUCUCGUUGGGUCUGGAAAAGAUGCCUGACACUUUCUGGAAGGAUUCUGUGCUGGCCAAGCCGGCAGGAAGAUCUAACUUGGUUUGCCAUGCAUCCGCCUGGGAUUUCUUCAAUGCUAAAGAUUUCCGAAUUAAGAUGUGCACGGACAUCAACAUGGAAGACCUGGUCACUAUCCACCACGAGAUGGGACACAUCCAGUAUUUUCUGCAGUACAAACACCAGCCCCAGUCUUUUCGAGACGGCGCAAAUCCCGGAUUCCAUGAAGCUAUUGGAGACACAAUGGCUCUGUCAGUUGCAACACCAAAACAUCUUCGUAGAAUUGGUCUGCUAGGCGAGAGUCAAGACAAUUACUUGGACGACAUUAAUUUCUUGCUAAAAAUGUCUUUGGAGAAAAUAGCGUUCCUGCCGUUUGGCUACCUGAUAGACCAGUGGAGGUGGAGCGUGUUCAGCGGGGAAACCACGUCAGAUAGAUACAACGCAAAGUGGUGGGAGCUCAGAUGCAAAUACCAAGGUAUCUCACCUCCUGUUAAACGAACCGAACAAGACUUUGACCCCGGAGCAAAAUACCACAUACCUGAUAAUACACCAUAUAUUAGAUACUUCGUGAGUUUUGUCGUCCAGUUCCAGUUCCACAAGGCCCUGUGUGAGGCGGCGGGACACACCGGUCCUCUUCACAAGUGUGACAUCUACCAGUCUGCAGCAGCUGGCAAGCUACUGGGGGAUAUGCUUCGGCUUGGUUCCUCAAAACCGUGGCCAGAUGUUAUGGAACAAAUGACUGGUCAGCGAAAGAUGGACGUGGGCCCACUGAUUAAAUAUUUUAAGCCGCUUGUUGAUUGGCUGAAAGAACAAAACAAAAUGGAGCGCCCCGGAUGGACAGAAGCGUGCCCUACUUUUGACGAUGCUGGAAAACGACAACAAAGAACAACGAAAACACCUAUACCCAAAAAACAACCUGACACCUCGAACGCCAAUAUCGUCACAUCUCAGUUAUCUGUUAAAAUUACUUUAAUUUUGUUUUUAAUUUUAAAAAUAAUAUUUUGAUCAUGUGAGAAACAAUUUUACUUUUAUUGCCGUCUCCAGAAAUGUUACAUAUUAUUUUUGGUAUCCCAGAUAACAUUAUUGGCGCUGGUUCUAAUAUGAACACUUUCAACUUUUGAAUGAUGUAUUGACAUUAACGGUCACAGGUAGUUCUAGUUAUUGUCAGUCGUUUAGGAUAUAUGAUAUACGGAACAUUAAUUGUGAACUAAUUACACAAAUAAUGUUGUAAAUAUUUGCUACAACUGUUUAUACCAUCAUGACCCGACUUUCCUGUGAGAACUAUGCACAGCUCAUAAACUGGUACAUAUUUAUAGCAUAUUAAACGAGCUUCCAUUUCGUAUCAUGUUUAUGUCGCCAGUGAAAUAUGUUUUAUCACGAGCUUUAGCGAGUGACAAUGACAAUUAUUUCACAUGGGACAUAAACAGGAUACCACACGGUAGCGAGUUUAAUAUCCUUUUUAUUACCCAUUAAUCGAUUUCAAUUUAUAUCACUAAACUCGUUUAACGUUUCGGUAAGGUCCUAAUAUGCCAGUCCUAUGACGUCGAGGUGUUACGUCUCACUUGAUAUUCUAGUGGGAGGUAUCACUUUGAUAUGCACCAAGAUAUCUGUAAAGGUACAGAUCCUAGCUUUUAAACAGUAAGGAAGAUUUUUCACCUAGAUCCUAGAUUCAACUCAUAACAAUGGACACUAAGUUUGGUUAAUUUACAAACAUGUAGCAAAGUUGGAUACAACAGUGACAGAAGAGUCUGCUACGUUGAAAUACCCUUAAAAAUAGACUAAAACGCGACUCCAUAAUCAUUACGUCUCAGACGCACGUGCGUUUUUAAAAAUAUGAAAAAUGCAUUAUGUGGUAUUAGAAACACCAGGAUGACCAGAA